AUGACUGUCCCCCCAAUAGCGAAUCGCGGGAAUGUGAGCGAGGGUGCCAACACUUUACAAGCACAGCUGGCUCUGCCCUGCUAUACCUGUUUCUCCCUGGACGCACGCAAGAUUCCUAUCGACACGAAGCGGGAGAGCGACGACUGGGCCAGGAGGGAGUACAAUGUUGCUGUAGGAACGCCAAGUCGAAAGCUUCGCAUGAAUUCAUCACAGCUUCUAACUAGUGUAUCAUCCGGAUGCAUUUACUGUAGAUUGAUUGGUAACGCUAUCAACUCAAUCCGCUCAGGCUGGGAGAACGAGGAAUCCUUUAUCGAAGUCUUCCUCUGUCUCAAUCUACCAGUAGUUGUGCGAUGGGUCAAUGGAAGAUCUGUCAAACUGGAAGCAGUAUGGGACGAAUCCCUUGGCGGAUCUCUCGAUCAUGAAGCCAAAGUGAGAGUUCCGGAUUCAACAGGCAAUUUCGAGGAAGAGGUCGAGUUCGAAAUAUAUCGGCCAGAAUUACCGCAACCGAACAACGAUUCGAUUCUAGGCCCUUUGGUGAGCCACAUAGGUGCUGCCAGUGAGAUUCCAUCACACAGCGGAGAUCUUGAAUGCCUGAGGUUUGUCUCGUAUCAAGCCACAACGUGUCUGCAAAAUCACAAUUGUGGGAGCAGAAUGCCUCGGUUGCCCGAUCGCGUCAUCUGGGUCAAUCCUGAUCAUAGCGGAGAUAUUCGCUUAGUAGAGCCCAAGGACGUCAAUGCGCAAUAUAUCGCGCUGAGCUAUUGUUGGGGUCCUCUGCAGCCUGAUACAUUCCUUACAAAUGCAGCAACCUUUGCGGAUAGGCUAGCUGGCAUCAAAGCUUCUGACUUGCCGCCUCUCUUCAUAUGCAUCAUCAGUUAUGCUCAAAUACUUAGGAUCAACUACAUCUGGAUCGAUCGCCUGUGUAUCAUCCAAGGCGAUAGCAAGGAUUGGAAUACGCAAGCGCCAAAGAUGGGUCAGUACUAUGGUAACGCGACCAUAAGCAUUACAACGGCAUCUGCAGACACAGAAAUGGACGACAUCAUCGUGGAAAGAGACGAAAAAUGGGGAAGCUAUAAUCUGCAGAUUGGACACGACCAGAUCGGUUCGCAGACCUUACGAUUCCGGCGACGACCAUACCCGCUGGGCACAGAGUCACGAGGGGGAAACUACGGCAGAGUCUCUACAAGAGCAUGGAUCUGGCAAGAACGCCUGCUCGCUGCGCGGACUGUAACCUUCACUCCAUCUGCGCUUAAGUUCGAAUGCCGUCAACACUCCGUCUGGGAAGGUUACGGCCAACACGUCACCAGCCCUUCUUGGUCCGCUCGACUUGAUGACAUAACACCUGAUGGUUGGUGGACUCUCAUUGAUGAAUUUACCAGAAGGGAUAUCACGAAAUCUUCGGAUAGGUUACCAGCCAUUCAUUCGGUCAUGCAACGGAUUGCCAGUGCACGCGGAUGGGUUCCGAUCUGGGGUAUGUGGAAAGACUCUCUUAGCGAAAGUCUAGCCUGGCAAGCCCUUACUGCCAUGGAUGGUCUUGAAGGGCAUAGCUGCCGCAUGCAUCCCCAGUACUACGCCCCCAGUUGGAGUUGGGCAAGUAUUGAUGGUCCGAUCAACUCUGGACAAUGUAUGCCUCUGGACGGGCUUCAGAAAAAUGACCCUUACCUCAUCAAGGUUUCCAUCCAGAAUGUGGAACCAGUAACUGGCGUCUUGACAGUGUACGCUUUUUGGAACUUUGCUCUGAUUCGGUGCCGAAUCGAACGCCCUUAUACAAAAUCAGCAGAACCAAUAACCACAUAUCGCUACCACUGCACGACUGUCCUGGGAAACAACCAGUCUACACCGAUGCCAGUAUGGGCCGACGUUGCCUUGCGUCCAGUCCAACGAGAACUAUCUCUGCUGGAGGAUGGAACCAUCGAGCGAGUGCCCUACGGGAUGAAAUUGCCCCAACAGACCUGGGAAUGUAAAUGCUUAUGCAUUCUACUUGGUAACAUACAAGGGAGAGCAAAUGUUCUCCUCCUGGGUGAAUCGUCCAGAAUACCAGGCGCCUACGAGAGGAUUGGAAUGGCGCCUGCCUGGCCGCCAAGCAUGUUCACAAAAUUUCCUCCCAGAUCAUUUAGGAUCGCUUGA